AUGUCUCAUGGAGCAACCAACGCUCCCAACCGAGCCCACACAGAUGCCGCCGCGCCAGGCCCGAGUGGCGGGUAUCCUGUGGCAGACUCGAAUGGCUCAGAUUCGACGGUGCGCAGCAAGAAGACGGUGGGAUUCAUAGGUUUCGGAGAAACAGCCGGGGCCGUCCUGAAAGCCUUCGUACCCGUUGCCAACAGGGUCAUCAACGACAGACGGACGUGGGCCACGACGGUAUGCCUGGCACGCGAGCAGUCCGCGACGACCUCCAGCUCCGGUCCGCCGUCGCCGAUUCGGGGUGAUCACUGGCCCACAUCGAUCGAGCCACCCGACAGUCUCAAUUUUGCGUGCGAGGAAACCCUCCAGGUCGCACUGCAAUCCGACCUGAUCAUCCUGGAUUGCGCUACUGAGAAUGUUCUGCCCACUCUCCGCGGGCGGGGGAUGGCGAUCGCGUUGACGGGCAAGGUUGUCGUCAGCCUGGUGCCCGGGGUCACCAUAGCCGAGAUGUACGAUGCCUUGUACGCGGGCGAAAAUUCGCCGGCCCCACUCGAGGACUCGGAACAGUGCUUCAUCACGCGCGCGAGGCCGAUCUUCGCCCCCACUGACGGGGACCACGGUGCCGAUUCAGCUACGGUAACGUUGCUCGUGCCGCCCACGGACAGAGUGCCGAGGCCGCGGGAGUCACAGAUCCAGCUGGCGGACGUGUUCUUCUCCGGCUUCGGAACGAUACGCAAGGUCGAGGAGUCCCAGAUUGAUGUUCAGUUUUAGGCU